UGUUGUUUGGAAAGCACAGUACGAUGAAAGUUGUAAGAAGGUCUAACGACCGCUUUGAAUGGAGCUUGCUUUCCAAAAAAGUCACGGGGCGAUAGAUUGACGAACAAGGAAGUCAGAAGAUAGGUCGACUCGAAUCUCACUGGCAAACUCUUAUGGUUAGUUCUUGGAGAGGUAUCUUGAACCAAAUCGCUAUGUCCGAAGAGGAAAAGUUCUCGAACAAAAAUCCUAAUUAUAAAAUCCUCUUACCUUAAAUUUUUGUUAUUACCUAAUUUACCCCUCAAAUAAAACUACAACUCAACUUAGGGUUAUUCUCUUCUUCAUCUUCAUCCACUCAAACCUAAACCAACAUAACUGUAACAACGCUCCGGCUCCAGCUCCAGCUCCGGCUCCGGCUCCGGCUCCGACACACCUAGCCAGAGUUAGCUACUCGUCUCAGUCGGAACCACUCUUCUCUUCUCUUCUAAUCCAUUGCAAAAGGUACUUUCUUUUCAGUCAGACCACCAUGUGUUUGAUAUAAUUGACAUGCUUAUCAUACAUUUUAGGGUUUAAGCCAAGCAGCCAUGGAUGAAAGCUCGUAACUUUCAAUCUGAAAAUAGAAAACUCAAUGCUGAAUUUCCAAUUAACAUUACGAAUGUUAUAGAAAAAAUCACUUCUUUUUACAAUUAUCAGAAAAUUUUUGAUGUUGUCCAAUGGUAGUUUCCUUCUGCCAUCUCUGGCAAGAACAUCAUCACCUCUUUUAUCAUUCUUUGUCAAAAUUCCUCUUCCAUUGAUAUACCGACAGAAUCACAGCCAUUGCCGAUCAUUUGAGAGAAUUCUAGUUGAAAACAUUUAUCACAAACGGUUUUCAAUGGGGAAAAGUAAUAGGUUUUGUACUAUGGCUUCCGCUCCUGUUUCGAACAGAGCGACAAAGAAGGCGCGGCGAGAAUCGCCUGAGGGUUUGCUUAAGCACAAAUUUGAUAUGUGUUCUAAGCAUGGUGAUGUAGCUGAAGCACUUAGGCUUUAUGAUGAAGCUCGAAUUAAUGGUGUCCAAUUGAAUUUGCAUCAUUACAAUGUGUUACUCUAUUUGUGUUCUUCUGUUGAAUUGAGUAGUGGAGAAAUGGUUUCAUCUGAUUUAGUUUUGAAAAGGGGUUUUGAGGUUUUUGAGCAAAUGGUUAUGGAUAAGGUUGCGCCGAAUGAGGCUACGAUUACCAGUGCAGCUAGACUUGCUGCUGCAGCAGAAGACCCAGAAAGGGCUUUUGAGUUGGUUAAACAGAUGAAAAGUUUUGGUAUUCCACCCAAGUUAAGGUCUUAUGGACCAGCAUUGUUCGGGUUUUGUAAGAAAGGAGAGGCCGAGAGAGCUUAUGAUGUUGAUUCUCACAUGGCUGAAUCUGGGGUUCUUCCUGAAGAGAGUGAGCUUUCUGCUUUGCUUAAGCUUAGUUCGGAUUCGAAGAAGGGAGACAAAGUUUAUGAGAUGUUACAUAGGUUGAGGACUACAAUAAGGCAGGUUUCGGAGUCAACUGCUGAAGUUAUUGAAGAUUGGUUUGUGUCUGAAGAGGCUGGGAAAGUGGGGAUUGUGGAUUGGGAUGUGAAUAAUGUGAAGGAAGGAGUUAGGAGUGGCGGUGGAGGAUGGCACGGUCAAGGGUGGCUCGGGAUUGGGAAUUGGAGAGUGGUGAGGACUCGAAUGAAUGAAGAUGGUGUUUGUCAAUCUUGUAAUGAAAAGCUUGUUUGUAUUGAUAUUGAUCCCAGAGAGACUGAAAAUUUUGCAGCAUCACUUACUAGCUUGGCUUGUGGAAGAGAAGUUAAAGCAGAUUUUCUUCGGUUUCAGGAGUGGCUCAAGCGUCAUGGUCCAUUCGAUGCUGUUAUAGAUGCUGCAAACGUUGGUCUUAUAAAUCAACACACUUUCAAUUUUUUCCAGCUUAAAUCUGUUGUUCAUCAAUUACAACAAAUUAGUCCAUCAAAGAAAUUGCCACUAAUUAUAUUACACACAAGUCGUGUAAAUGGGGGUCCUGCUCAGGAUCCAAGGAACAAGAAAUUGAUAGAAAUGUGGAAGAAGGCCGGUGCACUUUAUGCUACUCCUUCCGGCUCAAAUGAUGAUUGGUACUGGUUAUACGCUGCUGUUAGUUGCAACUGUUUACUGGUAACAAAUGAUGAAAUGAGAGACCAUUUAUUCCAAUUGUUAGGGACUAGCUUUUUCCCAAGAUGGAAGGAAAAACAUCAGGCUCGGUUAUCAGUAUCGUCUAGGGGACCUCAGCUUCACAUGCCACCACCUUAUUCAAAUGUAAUUCAGGAAUCCGAGGAUGGUCGGUGGCAUGUGCCAACGAUCACAGGUGAUGAUCUCGAAACCCCGAGACAGUGGUUGUGUGCUACUAGAGCCAGAAAUACAGAUUAGGGAGAGAGAGGUGUUUCUAUGUCUUUCUAUUCAAUUUUACUUCUAUUUAUUUUUUACUCAAUUCAAUGAGGCAAGUCUGUUGAAAGUAAUUUUGAGAGUGACUUUGAGAGGUUUGUUUCUAUAAAUUGAUGUUAAAAUGCAUCAUCAUACAUCGAAAGUCAUUAAGGUGUUUUGAAAUUUUUGAGGAACACUUUUCUUUAGGCUUGUUAAAUAGAUUUCCCAUACCUCUUCUAAUCAUAUAACAUGGUACAAUUAAAGAAAAUAUAUUUUUUUAAUUAGAUACUUUGGCUGCAAA